ACUUAUUAAUAGGGUAAAACAUAGGAUUAUCCGAUAUACUACUUAAUUUGUCCGACCAAAACCGAAGCCUGUAUUUCAGCAGCUCCAUUCGCCAUUUCCCGGCGACCAACUAGUAGCAGUUAGGCCGCAGCCACCGCUCGACCGCCGGUUAUUGUAAGAUAUGAUUUAGUCAUCUAUAUCUUCACCCCUGAAAACCUGGAUCCACUAUUGCUCAAAGUUCAAAUUCAUUCUUGAAGAUGGCAGCUAUUAGAAUGACAACCAACAUCCUCCUCAAUGGAGUUUCACAGUCGGCUUUUCGGGCAUUAUCAACGAAAUGUGUCGCCUUAGCAUUUUUGAGAAGCUCGCCUUACACGGGUUGCCGAAAAAUCAGCAUUGGCAGCUUCCGGUGUGCUGCGGCUUCAGAAUAUGGCGAAGGCCGUAAGAAAGCGUCAGCACGUCUCUCUCAGGUCCAGCAGCUUCUUGUGGAAGCUGAAGAGCGUGCUUCUUCUGGCGCCAACGAGCCUCCUCCUCCUAAGAUCUCUCUUGAGCAUGUGAGUGUGAGUUUUGCAAGGAGUGGAGGGCCUGGAGGUCAAAAUGUUAACAAAGUGAAUACUAAGGUAGACAUGCGCUUCAAUGUAAAAAAUGCAACUUGGCUUAGUGAAAGAGUCAGAGACAAGAUUAUACAAUUGGAGAAGAAUCGGAUCAACAAAGAUGGAGAGAUAGUGAUAUCUUCCACAAAGACUCGGACACAACAGGGUAACAUCGAAGACGCCCUCGCAAAACUACAGGCAAUUAUUGAUGCUGCUGCAUAUGUUCCACCACCUCCUACAGAAGAGCAAAAGAAGAAAAUAGCUCAGUUGUCUGCAAAGUCCGAGCAGAAACGACUGCAGGGCAAGAAAGAAUUAUCACAAAAGAAGGCCUUCCGACGAAGCAAGGAUAGUUGGGAUUAGAUUCUGAAAGGCCACUUCCAUUUCUGCCGGAGUCUGGCUGAAAAGAAGAAUUGCCUUUUAGAAGUAUGGAAGAGCCUACUAAAUUUUCUGACCAAUGUGAAUAUUAGGUAAGGUUGGUCAUUAACGGUUUCUGCAUUGUAACAUCCAACUGUCCAUUCUACCAAGUAAAUGGUUUGAAACAUAGUACAGAAUACAACAUAAUUCAACAAUCUUAUCUUUGGUUACGGAAUA